AUGGCGACGCACCGUGAAGCAAAAAACCCGACAUUCUCGUAUGUCGAGCCUAUGCCAUGGCCGAAGGAUGUCCCCAAAGUUGAUGAAGUUGGUACAACCUCUGCUCCUCUGAAGUCAAUUGCUUUCUUCUUCGGUCAGUUUUGCAAGGAUUAUACAGAGGACUUCAUGCUUUGCAAGAAUGAAGAUCGCAACCCUGAGCACUGUCUGAAAGAGGGAAGAAGAGUAACACGCUGCGCCCAAGAUUUGAUUCAAAAGAUUGGGGAAAAAUGUGGCAGCGAGUGGGAUGCUCAUUGGCAAUGCCUUGAGAGCAACAACCAGGAAUAUAUGCCGUGCCGAAAGCUCGAACGUCCUCUCAACAAAUGUGUUCUUGAGCAACUUAACCUUGUCAAGAAGAUUCCAGGCUCUCCAGAAGGCCAGCCCCAGAUUCACGAGAAGACAAACCCUGUUAUUUCGCGGCUGCAGAAGUAG